AUGGACCGCCACAUUCUGAGCGAGAGCACGCCGUCGCCACCCCAUGCGCCGCGCCUCGCGCCGCCAAUGCUGCUGCCCGAGAAGCCGCGCGUGAUGCCGUACCGCCAACCGACCGAAGAAAAGUGGGUUGAAGCAAGCUCGGACGACGAAGACCAAGGCCAGCCGUCGACGACGACGACCACCGAGACGCCGGGCCACAGCAAGAACCCGGUCGAGGCCGACGGCGAGGACAAGGAACGCAUGAUGUCCAAGACGGUCCCGUUCCUCGAGAAGACGUACAUGAUGCUCGAGCAGUGUACGCCGAGCGUUGCGUCGUGGGCACCUGAUGGGCUCUCGUUCGUCGUCUACAACGCUGACAAGUUUGCCUCGGAAGUCAUCCCGAUGUACUUCAAGCACAGCAAGUUCUCGUCGUUUGUGCGCCAGCUCAACUUCUACGGCUUUCGCCGCCUCAAGAGCCGCGGCAAGCCGCACUUCAACGGCGACCAGAUGAUCUACCACCAGUUUCGCCACCCCAAGUUUGUACGCGGCCGCCCGGAGCUCUUCCAUUCGAUCCAGCGCAAGCGCCACGGCCAGAACAUGACAAUGAUCGACCCGCCGCCGCCGCCGACGGGCCAUGCGAUCCACCCGCACCACCAUCCGCACGCGCACAGCGCGCCACCAGCGUACGCGCACCACAGUAUGCACCACCCGGUGCACGGUGCGCCGCCAGCACCGGUCGUUUUGCCGCCCGUGGAUCCGUUUUGCAAGGAAGAGACGCUGCAAAUGCUGUGUGUAAACGUCCGGCACCUUACCAGCGUCGUCCAGAUCAUGAGCGAAGAGCUCCGCGAGACCAAAUGGACGAUCCGGUCGCUUCAAGACACGAUCGCGCGCCAUGAGCAUACCAUUGCGUCGUACGAGAGCAGUAUGAACCCGCCGAGUGCCAACGCCCACAUUGUGUACCGGCGAUGA